UGUGAACACUCCCAAAAAACAUAGUAAUAAGCAAUAGCUCUCUCUCUCUCUCUCUCUCUCUCAAACUUAGAAUCAGAAUAAUAAAACCUCAUCAACCCUUCAAAGGCCAAGUCUUUUUCUCUCUCUAUCUGUUUUUCUCUUCAACUUGAACCAAACCAAACCAUGAAGAAGCUGUACCGUAAAGGAACCGUUCAUCCCUCGCCACCAACAAUAUCCGACCAACUAUCCUUCCUUCCGGCGACCAUACUAACACUCACCGUUGCUCUCUCACCACAAGACAGGGAAGUCCUAGCUUACCUCAUCUCAUGCUCUUCUAACAACUUUUCCGGCAACCCUCGCCGGACCAACGCCGCCGUACCAAAGGGUGUUGUCGACGGCGAUCAUCCACCUCUCUUCAACUGCAGUUGCUUUCGCUGUUACAUGAGUUACUGGGUACGAUGGGACACCUCACCCAAUCACCAACUCAUACACGAAAUCAUCGAUGCCUUCGAGGACUCGUUGGCUCAAACCGCCAAAACUGCAAAGAACAACAACGGCAACGGAAGGAAGGACAAGAGAAACAAGAGGGCUUCUAACAACAAGUCCACCGAGUUGAACAGCUCCGAGUCCGUGAGUCCGCAGCAUAACGCGUCUGUUGAGUCGGAAUCGGUUGGGGAGAGUAGUAAUAGUAAUGUUAGUGGUGGUGAUGUUGAAGUUGAUGAAGCCGGUGAUGGCGGUGAAAAUGAGGAGAAAGGGUCAGUGAGAAGGUUUGUGAGUUUCAUUGGAGAAAGGAUUUGGGGUGGUUGGGGCCAGUGAAUGAAUUUCAAAGAGGAAAGUAGGCAAGUCUGAGUAAAACAUCAUCUUUGUAAGCUUUUGACACGAUGUCGCAUGCUCGGUGGAAUGAGAGUGGCCUGAGAAUUGAGACCACCGCGUCUCUGUGGCUUCAAAAUAAUUGG